AUGUUUCGACGUGUACGGCCAUACUCCACCUUCAUUGACAAAUGUCCACCACCCGCAUACGACACUGGAUGCACAUAUUGCAAGGUACCUGCGUUUCCUCCCGACAAAAGACUUGAUGCCACCACACAUCUCAAUGGCACAGCACCCAGCAUGUGGAAGCAUGUUCUUGCAUUUCUGCACGGUGUGGCGACAUUUGACACUAUGCCGCCAAAAAUCAAUCUUGUGCCAGGGUCUCUAGCAAGCGAGUUUGAGGUGCUCCGACGCAAGAUGCUCAGUCCGCAGCAUCCCGUGACGCUUCUGAAUGCAAUUGUCUCUGGCAUCGAUGGUGGCACGCAUCAAAAGGUCUUCAUCUACCCGGACUGCAUACAGGUCGAGUUCAAGUUGGCCAAUCUCCCCGAGUUUAUUCAGCACUACUUGCUUCCAGUGCAAGAAACCGAACUGGUAUUCAACCCAUUUGCGUCUGCAAAUGCAACGCCGCAUACAAAAGUCGAGAGACCGCAUCUUUUCCAAGAGACACCAAUCCAUAAAGAUUUGGUGCUAAUAUGCGGCCACACGCAGCGCGACAUUCGCUGCGGCCGCAUUGCACCUUUGCUCUUACAGGAGUUUGAGCGUGUACUUGCGCAUGAGAAGUUGGAUGUCGAUGUCGGGUUGGUUUCGCACAUUGGAGGACACGCAUAUGCCGGGAACGUCAUUUACUUUUCCAAGCAUCAGCCGCCAGUGUGGUAUGGACGUGUUUUCCCAGAGCAAGUUCAGGGCAUUGUGCGAGAAACCAUAGUAGAAGGCCGCAUAAUCAAGGAGUUGUAUCGUGGGCAGACAAUGUAA